AUGUCCACAGAAUCCCAGAACCCUGACAAAAUCAUCCCAAUUGAGCGUACACCUGAACAGGACUGGGUCUACGAGCGCAUGGAGCAAGAACAACUCUACUUCGUGGAUAUCAAACCCUACGCCCAGGUCGACCGCAGCUUCGGCAUCCUCGACUCCAGGUACUGGAAUGAACAGCGAUUGGAAGCGCUUAAGGCGCUUUUGGGAGUCAUGGUGAUGCCGCUUUUGGAGUGGGAAGAAGAGGCAGUGAAAACUGCUUGCGAGUUGAGGUUUGGUGGGAUGUGGGAUGACGGCAGGAAAUGCUCUGCUAAUGUUUGUGCGCGUAUGGACUUUAGGGUGGCGGACGGGUCGGAGUGA